UCUGUUCUUCUUUCGUUGUCUGCUGGCUACAGAGGGAAGCGACAUGGAGAACGAGAAGAAGAAGAACCUCACUCUACCCCACGAUUUGAUCAUCGAAAUUCUGCUUCGGCUACCGGUUAGAUCUUUACUGCGCUUCAAAUGCGUUUGCAAAUCAUGGUUCUUUCUCAUUUCCGAUACCGAAUUUGCAAAAUCCCAUUUUGACCUAGAUGUUGCACUCACUCAUCGUCUUCUUCUUCAAUUUCCCAAUAAGUAUAGAGUUGAAUCGUUUGAUCUAGAUUCAUCACUUGACGAUAGUUCUGCUGUCGUAACCCUCAAUUUUCCACCUCCAUCCAAGUCUCUUUAUCUCAACCCUUUAUAUUUCUUGGGUUCUUGUAGGGGGUUUAUGCUUUUAGCCUAUGAUUUCACCAGCAAUGUAAUUGUGUGGAAUCCAUCGACCGGUUUCCGUCAACAAAUUCUAGAUGACAGUUAUUUCAUGUCUAACUCUCUAUAUGGUUUUGGGUAUGACAAGAUAACUGAUGACUAUUUUUUAGUUCUUAUAGCACUGUCUUUCGACGCAGUGCCUUUCGGGGAGAUCCUUGAAAAAAGAAUUCGAACUUUUUCUUUGAAAACUCGUUCAUGGUAUAAUGCUAAGGAUGUUAAUGUUGAUUAUAUGGAUUGUGGACGUGUUUCCAGACCAGGGGUGAUUUUGAAUGAUUCUCUUCAUUGGCUGGUUUCGUCUUUUAUUACGGGGCUUCACCUAGUUAUUGCCUUUGAUUUGGUAGAAAAGAGUUUAUCUGAGAUUCCUUUAUCGCCUAAUUUAGAAGGAGUUGACAUGGAAAGAGUAUCAUUUGAGGGUAUUGGGAGGUUGCCUCAGCUUGUGUUACUCAGGUGAAGA